UUCACAAAAGGCGAGUACUUGUGACUAACAGCGGUCUGUUAACGGUUGUUUGUUUGACACGUCGUUAAAUUAAUACACCGUUAGCUACAAAAUAUGUGGAGGAAAAUGGCGGCGCCGCUGCUGUAGUUUUGAACGUGAAAGUUUUGAAUGACAGAGAGCAGAUAUGUAGGAGAAAGUUAGCUCCAACUCUGUCGUGUCAUAUUGUCACUUAGCUUCAUGGCACUGUGAAGUUUAAAACUGAAACGUUGAUUCAGCUCAAAAGGACUUGUCUGUGUGCUGUGUUUUAUGAGUGAUAACGUGUUACAGGGCUUCCAGCUCCUUUCAUUCCUCUUAAAUACACUCACUCACUUUAUUAGGGACACUUGUUCAACUGCUUGUUAACGCAAAUAGCUAAUUAGCCAAUCACUUGGCAGCAAGCCAAUGCAUGUAAGCAUGUAGACAUGGUGAAGACGAGUCGACCUGCUGAAGUUCAAACUGAGCAUCAGAAUGAGGAGGAAAGGUGAUUUAAGUGACUUUGAACGUAGCAUGGUUGUCGGUGCCAGACGGGCUGGUCUGUCAGAAACUGCUGAUCUACUGGGAUUUUCACACACAACCAUCUCCAGGGUUUACAGAGGAUGGUCUGGAAAAGGGAGAAUAUACUUAAAGGUGCCUUGUUGAUGCCAGAGGUCAGAGGAGAAUGGCCAGACUGGUUCAAGAUGAUAGAAAGGCAACAGUUAAUCAAAUAACCACUCGUUACAACUAAGAUCUGCAGAAGACCAUCUCUGAACCAACAACACGUCGAACCUUGAAGCAAAUGGGCUGCAGCAGCAGAAGAUCUCAAUCCAAUAGAGCACCUAUGGGAUGUGGUGGAACGGGAGAUUCACAUUAUGGAUGUGCAGCUUACAGAUCUGCAGCAACUGUGUGAUGCUAUCAUGUCAGUAUGGACCAAAAUCUCUGAGAAAUGCUUCCAGGACCUUGUUGAAUCUAUGCCACCAAGAAUUAAAGCAGAUCUGAAAGCAAAAGGGGUCCAACCUGGUACUAGCAAGGUGUACCUAAUAAAGUGGCAGGUUGAGCCGUCCUUUGCUCAGCUUUGAUGCCAUUUGUGUGACAUGGAGCCAGACGGGGACCUAAACCCAGACACAGAUGACCUUCCACUCCGAGCCAAUACUAACCACAUACUUGUCAGACAUUAUGUGCUGGACCUGACUGUUCAUUUUGAGAGGAAGGUCAUCAGCGGUAGUGUAGUUUUCUUCCUGGAGCCUUGCUCUGGAGUGGUGACGACGGUUAAGGAUGACACUGGACCUGGAGCUGGUGAUGGAGCUCGUACUGUAGAGGCCAGAGGGAGUCAGAAUGCAUUUGUGUGUAGAUCUCAGGAUGAAGACACAGUGGAGGACGGUACAAAAGGACUUGAAGAAACCACUACAAGUAUAGAGAAGAUGUUUGGUGCUGUAGAAGGAGGCAGUCAGUUGCAGACUGCAGCUAAAACCAAAAGCAUCCAGUCUUCACAUUUGUGGGAAACCACCAGUGACGGCGAUUUCACCUUAGUGCUGGACUGCUGUGACCUCAACGUGUCCAGAGUGGAAGAAGUGGACGUCACCUCUGUGUCAGCCAUGUCUAACCUCCUGCCAGAGGUCGAUUGUGAGAGGUCAGGGGUCAGUUCAGUGAACUCACAAGCAGCCUUUAUUCAGGCAAUUAUCUCCACGCCCUCUAGCCAAUGGAGGCAGAAGCACCAGCUUUUUUCACUGUGUAGCUGUGCCUCUGGUGCUCAGGACGGCGCAUCACUGCAUUUUCAGAGAGACCGAUGGAGUCUGCAGGUGAGGAAGAAGGGGGUUGCGUCACCUCAGGAGUUCCCUCGUGCUGUCAGGAUCUGCUAUGAGACGAGACCAACAGGAGGCUCUGUGAGGUGGACCAAAGACCAGGAUGACAGGGUGUGUGUUUACACUGCCGGUUCUCCCAUCAACAACCGAGCCCUCUUCCCCUGCCAGGAGCCGCCUGUUGCCAUGUCAACAUGGCAGGCAACAGUACGGGCCCCCAGUGAGUGUGUGGUUUUGAUGAGCGGGGAGGAGCAGACUGUACCUAUUGAGGACGGGGACACACAUUUCUCAGUCUGGAAUUACUACGUCACUAUGCCCAUGCCUGCCUCCACCUUCACCUUGGCAGUGGGCCACUGGCACCAAGUCACAGCAGAAAUUCCCCCAGCACUGGAAAGAGAGGUGAGGGACAGGACGGAUUGUGGCAAGACGGCCAAACUUGGGUCUGGGCCUGGGGAAUGGACUGAGGCUGACCUUACGUCUGGACUUGGAAGCUCCAUCAGUGCAGUAGUAAAGGGCUUUCCACUCACGACUGGCAGCGGAGACCAGACCACCCGCUCAGACUCAACAUUCUGUUGCUUUUCCCUUGAGGAUGGGGGGCUCUCUGUAACUGAUUAUUCAGGCAUGGUGGAUGACGGCAUCUCUUGUUCCCAUGGCGACUACCCUUGCCGAUUUACUGAGCAGUCGGCUAGGUCCCAGCGGGUGAUUCCACACCGUGUGUUUGGCCCUGUCUGCUUGCUACAGGAGGCCCAGAUGGGAGUCCUCAAGCUGUUGCCUCAGUGUUUGGCUGCAGCCCACACCAUUCUGGGGGUCCACCCCUUUCCCCGCCUUGAUGUUCUCAUCGUCCCAGCAGGGUUCUCCAGUUUGGGCAUGGCCAGCCCCCAUAUAAUUUUCCUGUCCCAGAGUGUGCUGUGCGCUGGAUGUCCUGGUUCUGGAGAGAACGGCCUGUCUCUGUGUGGCUCCAGGAUAUGCCAUGAGAUCGCUCACUCCUGGUUCGGCCUGGUUAUUGGAGCCAGAGACUGGACUGAGGAAUGGAUCAGCGAGGGCUUUGCCACCUACCUGGAGGAUAUUAUCUGGGCCCAAGCACAACAACUCUCCUUACAAGAGACAGCAGAGCAGUCUGACCUGAAGGCACUGCUGAGGUGGAGACGACUCUCUGACGAGUUGCAGAACUCAGAGGAGGCGCUUCAAAUCCUCAGACCUAACAUGGAGAACACUGGUCAGGUCAGUGAGUCUGGCUCCUCCACGGUUAAACACGCCCUCAACCCUGACAAAACCUUCAUGCAAGUCCACUACCUCAAGGGUUAUUUCCUCCUCGGGUUCUUGGCCAGUCAAGUGGGAGAGCAACAAUUCAUCAACUUCUUUAGAUUAUUUGUGAAGCAAUACCACGGGCAGCUCAUUUUGUCUCAGGAUUUCCUGCGAAUGCUGCUGAUUGCCUUUCCCGACAUGGAGAGAAAAGGCCUCACCCUCAGUGCUAUUUAUGCUGACUGGCUCGAUCGACCGGGAAUUCCAAAGUGGCUGUAUGAAAGGAGCGCCGUGUGGUCACAGGCGAAGCUGGUGGAAGAAGUCAAAGCAGAGGUUGUAAAAUGGAUUCUCCUCAGUCAGAGUCAUCAGGGGAAGGGCAGAAAGCGGAAGAGAAUAGAGCCCAAGGUGAACUACAAAGAGGUGACGUCGGAGCAGCUGGUGAUGCUUUUGGAGCUUCUACUCGAGGAAGAGGAGCUAAGCAUGGCAACCAUGGGUGCUCUGAAGAGAACCUACAACCUACAAGAUAGAGAUGCUGAAGUUCGACAUCGCUGGUGCGAGCUGGUGGUCAAACACGCGUACACUCGGGCUUACACAGACGUGGAGCACUUUCUGGUUCAUGACCAAGCAAUGGGUGUCUAUCUGUACGGGGAGCUGAUGGUUAAAGAGGACGCUGAGCAGCAGGCUCUCGCCCGUCGCUGCCUCUCAUUGGUCCAGGAGGAAAUGGACCAGUCGGCACGCAGAGUGGUGGAGGAGAUGGUCCUAUGAUGUUGGAGGUUGCCAACUACAGACGGAGAUGACAGGAGUUUGGCACACAGGGAGUACGAGGAUCCAGCGCUCACCUCCUCUUCCUCUGUAGGAGAGGGGACGCUGCAGAAUCGCUCAGCAGUGUGAACACCAGAAGGCUGCACUCUUUUACUCCACAGCCACGGCCAGUUGGCAAGGUUUAGAGUACGGCAGUUCUGUCCAUUUAGGUCUAAAGAAAUAACUGGUGUGUGUGUGUGAACCAGCAGCAAUACAAGCGGUUCCUGGUGAGAUGCAGUGUUGUUGAGUACGUUACUGUUGUGGUAAGAGAGAAAAAUAACAUCAUUGCACCAGCUUAAAAAUGACAGACACUGUAGAAAGAGAGGUAUUUCAUAGACCUGCGUCCAUGUUGAAGAACCUAAGCUGCUGUUUAAGUUAGUUUCGCUAGGUGAGUGUGUGUGUAGGUGUGACUUCAUGUCUGUUUAGUCUGAAGGCAGGAUCUGGUUCUUAAAAGUUUAGACGGGAAAUACUUUCAGGUUUUUAUACAUAACAAUUACUUCAGUCUGGCCAGUAACGACACUGGAAAAUAUACAACCAACGACUCUCAGGGCAUUUCUACUUGUAUGAAUGAUGGUUUUGUAACUGCUGUGUGAACAAAUAAUAAUGCUAAACUUUUUCUUUUCGUUUGUAUAUUUUAAGUGAAGAUUUUUGAUAUGUUCAUGUUAAAAUAAAAUGAUUUUUAAAUAAUA